AACCAACAUUCAGUCAUUUAUAGACUACAGUUCAAAUAUGUCAUUUUGAAAAUUGGUAAAUUAUCAAAUUUAGACGAAUAGGGCUGUUUUACAUAGUACCGACAAUUUUCCCUGAUUCCUACAUAAUCGACUUUAACCGUUUUAUAAACACGUUCCAACCUGUUCAGCUGACAGGGCUUCAGUUAUUGGCGGGCUCUCGGUGUAAACACUGGCUCUAAAAAGUAUACAGUCCGUAUCGUUCAGAUAAAUAAAACCGCACGAUUAUUACUGUCCAGGAAUAACUGAAAUAUAAUGGGUACCGAAAGUGCAACAUUUACCCCCAUGGAGCCCUCGACGUUCUACCCAGGGAGUGCUGAAAUAAAGAAAAGAGUGAACGAUAUCGAGGAGAAGUGUCAGAGGAGACGUCUCUUGUUACGAGAGGCCAGCGGUUUCAGACCAACCCUUUUAGGACCCUCGACCUUCUCGGAGAAAUAUUACAAACAAGCUGAUGCUCUGGAGGCUGCUCGUGAGCACAGCACGAGACAAGAUCCACUCUGCACAUUUGUGUAUCAGGAUCAUUACAAUGAAGGUCGCAGGAUGUUUAUUGUCGCUCAUCCAGAGGUCUAUUGGCACUCGUUCAUCAGGCAGAAGCCGGAGAGAAGGUGCACGUAUGAGGUGAUUGCAGAAGGUGCUCCAUGUUGGCUCUACCUGGACCUAGAGUUUCAGACUUCCUUGAAUUCAGACAGCAAUGGGCCUUCAAUGACGAAAACUCUCCUGGAAAUAAUCUGUGCCUUCCUGAAAAAAUACUGGGAUCUGCAGUACACAGAUAAAAAUGUUCUAAACCUCGACUCUUCAACUCGAACAAAAUUCAGCAGGCACUUGAUAUUCUGCACAAAAAACGUGGCCUUCAAGCACAAUAUCCAUGCAGGGAGAUUCAUCAAGAGUAUCAUCAGCGAGAUUGAGGAGUACGUGGCAUCUAAUGGCUCAGCAUUUCACGAGGUAUUGAGUUUUUUUCCGUUGAAAGACCUUGCAGCUCUUUUUGUUGAGACGGGGAAGAAGAAGACCAUCUUCGUUGACACCAUGGUGUACACUAAAAACAGGCACUUCAGGAUCUUUAAGGCUACCAAGUGGGGCAAACUGUCCCACCUGGAGGUGUCAACCGACUGUACCUAUGAACCAACCGAUCAACGCAAGGACAAAAUGCUCAGCAUCUUCCUGGAUUCGCUGAUCUCAUUCUUUCCUGAUAACUCCACCUUAACUCUUCUGGAAUUCAACCAUGAUUCGUCCAUCGACAUCAAGAAAUUUCCCAGGGGACUCAGCCAGAAUCACAGAUUUCUCACUCAGAAUAACGCGACAAUGACUGAAUCUCCUUAUCCUACUAUCGAUAAAUUUAUUGGUAAACUCGUGCAUCCUGGCCAUAUCCGAUGCUCUAUUUAUUUUGAAGACUCUAAGACUGUCAUUUAUGAGAUUCUUGGAAACAGAUUUUGCGCAAAUAUCAAUCGCCACCACAAGAGCAACAAUAUCUACUUCGUCGUCGACCUGAAAGAAAAAAUUUAUUACCAGAAAUGCCAUGACGAGGAAGACUGCCCAGGUUUCAGGUCCAAUUUUAUGCCGCUGCCAGUGGAAAUAUGUUUCCUCCUCGAUGAGGAGGAUGACGAUAUCUUUUUCAACAUCCCUGACUCCGAUGAAUCGCAUUCCUCUAUUCGCUGCGAUAUCAGUAUCGAGCAGGAGUAGAAAACUAAAUCAACUGUCCAUUAUUUAACAAUAUAUAAAAAUAUUCAUUAUCAAUUUUGUUAUUUAUUGAUAUAUUAUCUAUGGGUGAGA